UGUUGGACAGGCAUUAUUUGCUUGUGUGGACUCUUUCCAACGCCAGCGAGCCUAGGGCGCUUAGAGUCUAAUCUGUGGGCACUGGAGUAACAGCCAAAUAACAUAUUUCACAACAUAAAGAAUGGCAGGGGAGGAACUGUGAGCGGUCACAUUACAUGAAAACUGCAGGCAGGAAGUGUUUUGCAACAGUGGAAAAUCUUCAAGUCCACACUGACCACCAGACGGUCACACUUCAUCUGUGGUGAGGGGAUGGAUACCUUCCCCUCCAUAAAGCAAUGAUUCUGAUCACCAAGCAACUUUCAUUGCUCUGAAACUAACCCCCAUCUCCGUUCAACUAAAUUGUUCUGAAUGAAGAUACUUUUCAUUAAGGGGGAGUGCGCGGAUAUGUUGGCAGGUGCAUUACUUCUCUGCACAGUCCUUACAACUUUACCAGGGGGCCAAAGCAGGUGGAGCGUCUCGUUUUCUCGAAGAGAGAUCUGUGUGUGGGCUGGAACCACUGUUACGCUGCCGUGUCGCUAUGACUAUCCAUCAGGUCACACAGUCAAAGAGGUCAUGUGGUUUCGUGUAUCAGCAAAUGGUCGACGGGAGUUCACCUAUCACACGGACCAAAACCAAAUCAGCCUGUCUUAUCGCAGCCGCACACGCUACAUUGGUGGCAGCUACUCCAGCUGUUCAGUCCAAAUUCGGGCUGUCAAGCUGAGCGAUGCAGGCCAGUACCACUUCAGAUUUGAGACAGACCAACCGCUGGGACGAUGGACCUCUCCAGACACCAUCACUCUAGAUGUAACAGACCUCCAGGUCCAGAUGCAUCCAACCAGGCCAGCCAACAUGUUUGGCUUUGGGGAGACUGUGUUUGUAGGCUGCCAGGCCACAGGAUGUGCUGCCCCAGGGAGGAGCCUUGCAUUGUACAGGAAUGGUCUAAACCUGGGUUCCUAUGAGAAAUGGAUGACUAUCAAACGCUUCGACAGAAUGCACAUUGGUGCAUAUAUCUGUCGACCAAUUCCACCACAGAAUGUGCAAUCCCCGGCCCUCUCUCUGGCUCUUGGCCAUGUUCCUCAUUCUACAUCCAUCCGAGUUUCACCAUCAGGGGAAGUAACGGAAGGUGGGUCGGUCACUCUGUUGUGCAGUAGUGAAGCAGCCCCACCAAUAGAGAGCUUUGCCUGGUUCAAAGACAUGGAGACUGGCAGCAUUCCAGACAGUUACGGGCCUCAACUCCACCUUUCCCGCCUCAAAUACACAGAUAGAGGAGAGUACUUCUGUGUGGCGCGGAACUCACUCGGAACCGAACGCUCCAAACCACUUCUUCUCAACGUGACAUUCCCUCCAAAAAACACCCGUGUGCUGAUAACACCGCCCGGUGACAUCCGAGAAGGUACCUAUGUGAACCUCAGCUGUGUCAGCAGUUCCUACCCUCCUCCCAGCAGGUAUUCUUGGUAUAGCAUCUUAGGUGACCAGGUGUUAGAUAAAGGCAGCAUCAAGAACUUGACGUUCCCCUCAGUGCGUGCUCACCACGCUGGACAGUACUACUGCUCGGCAUGGAACAGAUUAGGACACCAAACCUCUCAUGUCGUCGCUCUCACCGUCUUGUACCCUCCCAAGAACACGUCCGUGAUGGCUCGCCCUUCAAGUGUGGUGGAUGCUGGCCGGCCUUUGACUCUGACCUGCAGCAGUCAGGCGAACCCAGCCGUGGACAACUUCACUUGGCAUCGUUUAACACACAACGGAGCAUCAGUACAAUCGUGGGGUAGCCGGACUGGCCCUGUGUUCACAUUCUCAGAGGUCGGGCCUGGGGAGAGCGGUCAGUACUACUGUGAGGCUCGAAACCGCAUAGGGGUCCACAGCUCUCCUGUCCUCACAGUACGAGUCAGAGGACGACUAAAGGUUAUUGCGUUGGCAUCAGCAGUGGGCGUGUCUGCUGGGCUCAUCACUCUGACAGUGGCUAUAAUGAUUAGUAAGAACAUGCACACCAUUGACAUGGAAUCAGAAGUAGCAACCAAGCGUCCCUCUGUAACAGCUGACACUAUGUUCUAUGAAACGACUCACCCAACGGUGCCAGUGAGAGAGACCUUAAUGUCUGACAUACCAGAGGAACCUGAAGACCUGAGCGACAGCUCCCAUCCCGCCAUUGUUCCUCUUAAAGAUGCUCCUCCAAUCACAAGAGCUGAAACAUACAGCCCCGCCUCCAAGUACAUCACAGUCCAUUACUCAAAGCUGUCAAGUCUUUCCUGGGUGGAUCAACAACCAUGAGCCCCUUUUUCAAGAACAAUGGCAAUUUCAAACAAAUGAAUAAUUUUAGAAAAAGGAAUAUUUGAACCAAUGUAUAUCUCUUCCAAAAAGGAGCGUAUAAUUAUUUUGUGAACACCCUACCAUGUGCAUUGAUCUUUCCCAAUCAGAAGUUUUCACAUCCCCUAUAACAGUCGACGCAUUCAACAGUCUCAACAUGGUGAAGUUAUAGAACUAGACCUUCAAAGAGGAUAGACGGAUUUCAUUGUCCAAGAGGGCAACGGGGAUAAAGUAUGGUUACACAAAACUGGAAGCAGAACUCCCCCAAGGGUGAAUCAUGUUGAAUUAGCUUAUUGGGAAAUCACAAAGUGAAUCUUUUAGCUCUGCCCAAUUUGGAAGCGCUUUAUUGAUGUAAGAAGAAAAAUUUAGAUUUUGCUGUAAAAAGCAGUGGACACACUUUUGUUUCCGCCAUCAGCCCACUAUCCUCAUAGUCAUGCUCAUUUCAUUGACAUAUAGCUACCUUGCACUGGAACUUUGACACUCUGUUUGGCAGCAUAGUGAACUACCUUAGCGCGGAGCAGCCUGCCAAAUUCCAAAACAUGUGGAAAUCUUAGUGCUGGCAUAAAAACUUGCCUCAUUUUACACCUAAGUCCAACUGCACUGCAUACGGAAAUAAGACCCUUUCAGUUUGUCCUGACCAAGAUUAAUCAUGAAGAUAAACGAAUAAUCAAAAAAACUUGCUUCUGCUUUUUACACCUGAACACAAGUGGAUAGAUAACAAAUAGAUGUCACAGCAUGAUUGACUGCUUCAUUUUAAGUGAUGCUCCUUUCACUCCAUUUGUUGUUUGUUACUGCUGCAUUGGACUCACCUCAGGAGGACUGUGUGUCCUCCACUGCUGAAGAACACAUGCUAACACAGCUGGAGUUUUGCUUGUAACUGUUUUGGUGAUACGUUCCCCAAGAUGAUUUAUGUUUUGUAUCUUUUCCUUAU